GACGAAACUUCACCAUGAAGCUGAUCAUCGUAUUUAUUGUCGCCUGCCUUAUCCUAGAGGCCACAGCUCGGAAUGGGAAAGAAAGCUAUGGCGAUAACAAACAUGGCGAUAACAAGCACGGCAGUAACAAACAUGGAGACAACAAACAUGGCGACAACAAACAUGGAGGGUAUUAUGGCGAUAACAAGCAUGGCAGUAACAGACAUGGCGAUAACAAACAUGGAGGGUAUUAUGGCGACAACAAACACUAGGAUAGAAGUAUCACCGUGUGGAAAUGUUCCCCUCAGACUUCUCUACCCCUGUCGCUAGCAUUUAGUUACUUUGAUCCGGACACUACCACCAUGUGCAAUGUUCGCUUAAGACACGACACCAUUUUCCCUGUCAGUAACUUUUAGUGACUUUAAUCCGAACACUCUUAAUUGACUCUCAGUUUAACUAAGUAAACCGUUCAUGGAAGUUGAUCUUUAUAUUUACAAUUAUAUUCUUUAUUGCUGAAACUUUGUUUUACUAUCAAUAUGUAAUUGUUGGUCAUAUUGAAUUAAUCGGCAUUUUGAGACCGACGGUCAAAGCGCUCGUACCACUUAUUCCCGACCUCGCAGAAUAUUGUGAUAAGUUUGCAGAGUUUUAAUAAAUCUUGGGACGGCUACAUAUGGGUCACAAUUCACAUCAUGUACAAAUUGAACGAUACGGAAACGGUGCAACAUUUAGGGAUAAAUUAAAUCAACAACAAUUUUUAUAUUUGAUGCAAUUAAAUGCAUUUGAAUUAUCUCUUCCUGUAAUUUCGAGACAAAUAUGGAAAUAAA